AUGCCUUUUCUGCUCUGGCUCGAGACGCCGACUAGCACUAACCCCCACCCCCCUCGACUCAGGGCGCCGGUCAUGAACCAACACGGCGCAUCGUCGGGACCAUCCGCGACAGUCGCCGACUUCUUUCGCGACGUGGCCUCGGCAGGCGGUUCGGCCUACAUUGCCACCUUGGCCAGGUUCGGCGCGAUCAACACGCCGGCCGUGAGGGACUCCUUCGCCGUCCUUUUGGAGAAUGGCGUGCCCGAGGGCCUCUUGCUACAGAUCCUUGCGCCGGUGCCGCCGCAGCAGCCAGAGCCAACGGCGGCAAGGCCACCCAGGCACGACGUACCGAACAGAAGGACCCUACCCCGGGCAUCACUGGCGGCGGCACUGGAGGCCAUGGAUCCCGGGCGACGACAAGACACCCUCGCCGCCAACCUGCUGGCAUCGUCGACCCGCCGGGCCAUGGAGUCGCGGGUGAGGACGGUGGGCGCCCUGGCCGACAGAGGCCAGUUUCCCCUCUUCCCGCUCGACGCCAACAAGCUUCACACCAUCGCCGGGGCCAUGCGGAUCGCCGGCUACAGGUCGACCGGGCUGUACCUCGACGCGGUGGUAUGGCAUCAGGAGAACACCCUCCACACGCCGAUCACCCCUGGACUCCGACGGGUGGUCAAGACGCUGACCAAGGCAGCGGCGAGGGGCCUGCCAGGGUCCAGGCUCAAACAGGCCUUCGACCUCGACGAGCUCACCAAGUUGGUCGACGACACGGCACCAUUCGGGCCCUUCAACGCCGGCUUGGUCGCUCACGCCGUCGAUGUCGUUAUCGUCGCCACUUGGUUUAUGCUGAGGGAGGUGGAGCUCGCGGCGGCCCGGGUCAGAGACCUCGGGGUGACCCUGUCGGCGGUGUCGCUCGACAUGCCCCUGCACAAGACGGCGCAGGGGGGGCAGGCCGACCUCACACGACGCACAUUCCGAUGCGUCUGCACCUCGACGGCCCACCCACUUUGCCCAAGAUGCGCCGCACACCGCCACCUUCGGCGGAUCCAGGCGUCAGCGGCCGCGACGCCGGCCGACUUCUUGUUUCCGACCAGACCGACGGUGCAGAGAUCCAAGGCGGAGUCAGCCGAGAUGUUUCGGCUGGUGCUGGACGCCGCCGGCUUCGAGACGGUGUACCUCGACGACCAGGGCAAGCGCCGAUUGAUCUUCGGCGGCCACGCCGCCAGAGUGGCAGGUGCCACCUUUCUGGCGAUGAGGGGGGUGCCGGUCGCCGUGAUCCAGCUGCUCGGCCGAUGGGCCUCCACCGCCGUCGAACGGUAUGUUCAACAGGCACCCCUCGCCGUUGCCGCCGGCGUUCCAGCUCAGGCAUUGGCAGCGGCGGGUGCGUCGACAACGACGCCGGCCCAGCUCCUGGCGACACCGACGCCGUCGGCCAUCAUGGACUCGAUGCCGACGGGGAGUGCGGCAGGGCACGCCGAUACGGCGGUGCCGGCCUCGCACCCGCUGGUGCCCAACGUCGACUUCGCGGCAGAGGUACCCGGCGUGGAGUUCGUGCCAGAACCCGUCAGGAUGCCAGUGGCCGACGCGAUCGGCGACUCGGCGCCCCGGUAUGUCAUGAACUGCCGCACCAAAAUGGUGCACAAGCCGGGGGGUCGACGAAGCGACGACAGAGAGGUCGGAUUGGCAGGCCAAUUCUUUCGCCUAUCCGAGCUGCCGCCGGAUCCGGCCUUAUGCCGCAAGUGCUUCCCGACGGAAACCGUCGACGUUGAGGCACCUGAGGCGAUCGACUCAUCGUCGAGCUCCUCGUCCUCCACUAGCGGAGCGACGUCGGACUCCGACUGA